AUGGCAGCAGACUGCUCCGGCGGCGCACCCAAAGCAAACGCCCCCUACAAGAACCGCGCAGCCGAGCUCUGCCGCGCUCGCGGCCCCGCCGGCGCCUGCGCCAACAAGGUCACCACCGGCGGUGGCGUAGUAUGCAGCAUGACGGUCCCGAGGACCAAGCCAACUUUGUAUUGCGAGGAAGCAAUGGGCGAUAUUCUCGGCCAAUGUAUCGGCGGUGGCCAGUCUGGUGGAAAUUGGAAAUACGGCGGCGAAUUCUACGAGUGCCAUGCCAACUAG